CGCAUUCACUCGCAUUCACCCGCGUUAGGUGUCACGUCGCGCGUAUGUCUGCCGCGUGCCUUAGAAAAGGAAACAAUUUAAAUUAAAGUACACAUACACACACUGUAAGAUAGGAAAAACAACUAUCUAAGUAAUUAAUGAAACAUUGUUGAAUGAAUAUACUAUAGGGUAUCAGAACGUGUAAUUCCGAUAUCGUAACAUUGAACGUCAUCGAAUAUCCGAACAAUUUUGAUAGUGAUUAAAUAAAUAAAUAAAAAUGUCGGUUGUCUACAAAACUUCUAUGACGGCUAUUGGGAAAUACGUACCGAAUAAAUUACAGCCACUGUGGAAUCAUCCGGCUGGUCCACAGACGAUAUUUUUUUGGGCACCAGUAUUCAAGUGGGGGUUGGUAAUCGCUGGGCUUAGCGAUCUGAAGAGGCCCGCCAGUGAGCUAUCGAUAUCCCAGUCUGGUGCGUUGGGUUUAACGGGACUUAUAUGGACCAGAUAUUCUGUGGCUAUAAUACCAAAGAACUAUGGUCUAUUCAGUGUUAAUUUAUUCGUUGCCUGCACAGCUCUUUACCAAGUAUCCAGAGCGAUAAAGUACCAAAGAGAGCAGGCAGCGAUUGAAGCUAAGCAAACCGAAACUAAAUGAAUUCCUAUCGACCAUACUAGAAAAAUUACAAAUUAAUGUGGGUAACAUGAGUGGUAUUGGUGUAGCGAAGAAAAAGGGAAAAUUUAGUAACAAAUACAUCCACGAAUAGAGAAAUUUAGCGGCAGAUAUACGCGAUACAGAAUAUGAAGAAGAAUUUUUUGUGUUCCAUCAUCAUUGAAAAGAAAGUUUUGCAAAUUUUUGGUUUUAAAGUCCUUCGGCGAUUAUGUCAUACCAUGUUUAAUGGAAAUAUAAUGAAAAAUAUAACAAGCGGAAGCUGGUCUUCUGUAUUUUUGAAACUAUAA